AUGAAGAAAGAAGGACAGAACAUCCUCCUCAUAUAUGGGGAUUCUAACGGGGCAGGGUACCCCCACAAUUCCAGAGCACCCAACCUGGGAGACGCCUCUUGGCCCCAGCUCCUCAGUAAAGCCCUUGUGGCCAACGGGGUAGAGAACUGGACGGUCCACAAUGAUUCAGUACCGGGACGCAGCCUUUCAGGAGAAAGUUCUGCUAAGGAGCAGUUCACUCGGCUUAUUACACGAUACCAGGACAAGGCCCAGACGCCAAGACUCAUUCUCAUCUUAGCUCUGGGCACCAACGACCUGAGUUAUGAGGCAACGGCUGCUCAAAUAACAACUGAAAUCAAUUGGUACAUAUCUACUUGUCGAGCAAAGCGCGCUGACGCGGAUAUUCUUUAUGUCACACAUCCAGGGAUAGUGUAUGCGAGACUGACAGGCUUCUGGGAACGGAAGUUCAAGGGUACGAAGGGCUUAGAGCAAGCGGUUCACGCUCUUCUGCCAGACGUAGCAUGCACUGUCCUGGACUCUCAUUGCCUUGGUACAAACAUUGUUGGAGACGACGGGCUCCACUUCACCCACUCGGGACACGCAGCCAUGAUGCAGUUCGUUUACCCUCACAUUGCCAGAUUGAUAUUAUCUGAGUGUGAAUCUCACGCAUCUAGAGAGACGCAAAACCCGGUUUAA